CACUGAUGGACACAGGUGGGUGGCACUGCAGGGCACAGGUGGGUGGCACUGAUGGGCACAAGUGGGUGGCACUGCAGGGCCCAGGUGAGUGGCACAGGUGGGGUGGCACUGCAGGGCACAGGUGGGAAGCACUUCUGGGCACAGGUGGGUGGCACUGAUCAUCAGGGCACUAAUCAUCAGUGCCCUGAUGAUCACGUGAGGGAAGUGCGGAUGAUAACUGGCAACUGUAUUUACCUGGUGAUCUGCUGUGCU